CUUCCCCCAGGUUCCCAUCCUUUCUAAUGUAAAGACCGCUGCCUAAGUACCGGUCUUAUUUUUUUUUAAUAUUUCCUUUCCUAAUUCACUCCAGCAUAAUUGAGUAUGCGAUUGCAGUUUUCUUGAAGAGGGGGAAUAUCUGAAAAAUGGCUUCCAGAGCAAUUUUGAGACGGAAAAGAUUCAUUUUUGAUUAUUUGAAUAUCAACAUUCGCUCAAUUCAGACCAUCCAAUCUCUUGGACAUGCUGCUCAGAAUUUGGAUCCAAGCAGCUGUAGCUAUAUUGCUAACCAAUCCUCUUCAAAUUUUAAUUAUGUAAAGGAACCCCAAAGAAAUAUAGUGGGAAGAGUUGAAUUACUUGGCUUUACAGGUGUAGGACAGUUCAGGCAUAAGUUUUAUAGUACUGCCGUUUCAGGUCCUGGAUAUGUGCGGUCAGAGUUUUUUUGUCCAAUAAGGUCAAUUUCAGUUUCUGUUCGCAAUGCAUCCACUGCAACAGCAAAGCAACCUGAUUUGGGCAGUGAUGAUGAGGGAAAUGAAGAAAUAGCUGCUAGAAAAAGAAAGGAAGCAUCUCCUGAAGAAUGUGAUCAAGCUGUUGAAGGUUUGAGUACUGCAAAGGCCAAAGCAAAAGCCAAACGUUUGCAUGAAUCUCAAAAUUCUGUUAAAUUCAUUUUACAAAGAACAUGGGCCAUGCUUCUGGGGAUUGGUCCUGCUUUAAGGGCUGUAACUUCUAUGAGCAGGGAGGAUUGGGGAAAGAAACUCACUCACUUGAAACAUGAAUUUGUUUCAACAUUGAAACAUUACUGGUUAGGAUUUAAGCUUCUAUGGGCUGAUGUGAGGAUCAGUUCAAGAUUGCUAUUCAAACUUGCUGGUGGGAAGAGUCUAUCAAGAAGGGAGAGACAACAGCUAACUCGUACCACUGCAGACAUUUUUAGAUUAGUCCCCUUUGCUGUUUUUAUAAUUGUUCCAUUCAUGGAAUUUCUGCUACCCGUAUUCCUGAAACUAUUCCCCAACAUGUUGCCAUCAACCUUUCAGGAUAAGAUGAAGGAACAGGAAGCACUGAAAAGGAGGCUGAAUGCAAGAAUAGAAUAUGCAAAGUUUCUCCAGGAUACCGUCAAAGAAAUGGCAAAGGAAGUCCAAAACUCACGGAGUGGAGAAAUUAAGAAAACUGCUGAGGAUCUUGAUGAGUUUUUGAACAGGGUUAGAAGAGGUGCAGGGGUUUCUAAUGAUGAGAUUUUGGGCUUUGCAAAACUGUUCAAUGAUGAACUAACCUUGGAUAACAUUAGCAGGCCUCGGUUGGUCAGCAUGUGCAAAUACAUGGGAAUCAGUCCUUUUGGAACAGAUGCAUACUUGCGUUUUAUGCUUCGUAAAAGACUUCAAAGGAUCAAGAAUGAUGAUAAGUUGAUUCAGGCUGAGGGCGUGGAGUCUCUUUCAGAGGCUGAACUUCGUGAAGAGUGCAGGGAGCGAGGCAUGCUGGGUUUGUUAUCUGUUGAAGAAAUGCGGCAACAGCUUCGUGAUUGGUUGGAUCUGUCUCUUAAUCACUCUGUUCCAUCUUCCCUUUUGAUCCUUUCAAGAGCAUUUACUGUGUCUGGAAAAUUGAAACCAGAAGAAGCUAUGCAAGCAACACUGUCUUCUCUGCCUGAUGAGGUUGUGGAUACUGUUGGUGUUACAGCUUUGCCAUCAGAAGAUUCUGUUUCAGAGAGGAGGAGGAAGCUGGAGUACCUUGAGAUGCAGGAAGAACUGAUCAAGGAAGAGGAGGAGAAAGAGGAAGAAGAGCUUGCCAGGAUGAAAGAAUCGAAAGCUAGUGAAGAAGAUUCGGCACUCAAAGAGAUGACUACCCCAGCAGCACUUUUAGCACAAGAACGAGCUAGAGCUAGAACAUUAGAGAAACAAGAGCAUCUUUGUGAACUUAGUCGUGCACUAGCAGUUUUAGCAUCCGCAUCUUCAGUGAAUAGAGAACGAGAAGAGUUCUUAGGCCUAGUCAAUAAGGAGAUAGAGCUUUACAAUAGCAUGGUAGAGAAAGAGGGUACAGAUGGUGAAAAAGAGGCCAUUAGGGCAUAUAUAGCUGCGCGGGAGGAAAGUGAUCAUGCUUCUGAAGUGGAUGAACAUGAUGAUGUUUCUUCUGCACUAAUAGAAAAGGUUGAUGCCAUGCUGCAAAAUCUUGAGAAGGAAAUAGACGAUGUGGAUGCCAAAAUUGGUGAUCACUGGAGACUACUGGACAGGGAUUAUGAUGGCAAAGUAAGUCCCGAAGAGGUGGCAGCUGCUGCUAUGUACUUGAAGGAUACAUUAGGCAAGGAAGGUGUUCAAGAGCUCAUCAGCAAUCUUUCCAAAGAUGGAGAUGGGAAGAUUCUCGUUGAAGAUAUUGUCAAGUUGGGGAGUGGCACGGAUGAUGGCAAUAACGCCGAGUAG